UCCGCCAGGGCCGGAGGCCAGCACUGACCGGGAGAGUGCUUGUCCGGUGAUGCAGCACCGAGCGGGACAGGUGUGUAAGCUCGGCGCUACGUGCCCGAGCUCCGAGUGAGGGACGCCGGCUCCGCGCCCUCGGGCACUGCGGCUGCCCUGGACCCGCCAGCCGCGCCCGGGGCCAAGGCGGUCGGCGCGUUUCCCGAGUCGCUGCAGAGCUGAGAGGCGCAGUCAGCCAUCUGUGCGCUUUACACUGGUCCUGUUGAAAGCAAGACCUCCUGGACUUAAAGAUUAGCUCGUCUGUCGCUAAUGCUAACAUCACAGUUUAAAAAGACACUCUCAAGACUCAGCUGGACCUCAGCUUUUUGAAAACUCAAGUUCAGAAAUGGAAUGAGAAAAUUCAAGAGGGAGAUGACAGAAAAGGUCAACCAAUACACAGGAACCCAGGGCAGAAGUGACUUCAUCUGCAGCUGUACCAGGACGGCAGGUGUGCACCCGAGGCUCAUGGCCACCCGACAACGUGGGCUGGAGGGAAUCUGCUCAACACCAUGCAGCACAAGGAGUCCGUGAGGUGGGGGACGUCCAUCACUGACCGCUUACCUGAUUUUCAGGAUUCCUAGCUUCCCUGGCAAAAUAUAUCUUGACCAAGGGAAGACAAAAUGCUCUCACAGCCCGUACUUUAGAUCUUAGGCUCUGCCUGAAUUUUAAGGAAGUAUCAAGAGUUUUAGAAACUUGAAGUGGGGCACAGUGGAGCAGGCCUGUAAUCCCAGCAGCUUGGGAGGCUGAGAGAGGAGGAUUGCAAGUUCAAAGCCAGCCUCGGCAAUGAUGAGGUGCUAAGCAACUCAGUGAGACCCUGUCUCUAAAUAAAAAAAAAACAACUUGAAUUUCUUAUGAAGAUUUGCACCUGCAUGGAAACCAAAGUCUUCCCUAAAGCAAGGACAGUCUGAAAAAAGAAUUCGGAGAAUAAACUGGGAACCAAAAGUCAAGUCAUUUAUCAUGAGCUGGGUUAACGAGAGUGUUCCACAGGAGUUCGUUCUGCUGGGUUUCUCGGAUCGACCGUGGCUAGAACUUCCACUCUUUGUGGUGUUCCUGGUUUCCUACAUCUUGACCAUCUUGGGCAACAUGACAAUAAUUCUUGUGUCACAUCUGGAUCCUAAGCUGCACACCCCCAUGUACUUCUUCCUCACCAACCUCUCACUCCUGGACCUGUGCUACACCACCAGCACUGUUCCACAGAUGCUGGUGAACAUCUGCAGCACCAGGAAGGUGAUCAGCUAUGGCGGCUGCGUGGCCCAGCUCUUCAUCUUCCUGGCCCUGGGUUCCACUGAGUGCCUUCUGUUGGCCGUCAUGUCCUUCGACAGGUUUGUGGCUAUCUGCCGGCCACUCCGGUACUCAGUUAUCAUGCACCAUGGGCUCUGCCUGCAGUUGGCAACGGCCUCCUGGGUUAGUGGCUUCAGCAACUCCGUGCUACAGUCCACCUGGACCCUCCAGAUGCCACUGUGUGGCCACAGAGAAGUGGACCAUUUCUUCUGCGAGGUGCCUGCACUGCUCAAGCUGUCCUGUGCUGACACAACAGCCAACGAGGCUGAGCUGUUCUUUAUCAGUGUGCUGUUUCUCUUAAUACCUGUGACGCUCAUCCUCAUAUCCUACGCAUUCAUCGUCCAAGCGGUGCUGAGAAUGCGGUCAGCAGAAGGCCGCAGAAAAGCAUUUGGGACGUGUGGCUCGCACCUAAUUGUGGUGACACUUUUCUAUGGCACUGCCAUCUAUAUGUACCUGCAGCCACCAUCCCCCUCCUCUAAGGACCGCGGGAAGAUGGUGUCUCUCUUCUAUGGAAUCAUCACACCCAUGCUGAACCCCCUCAUCUAUACCCUUAGGAACAAGGAAGUAAAGGGAGCUUUUAAAAGGCUGAUUUCAAGGGCCUACUUAAUAAAAAAGUAAGGGAUUCCAGAUGGUAGGCCUUGAAAAAAGCCUGGGAUUCGUGUGGCUUCAUAUAGUCCUUUCCGUUGCUCAUGUUGGAGAAGAUCACUGCAAUCUGCAAAUGCAAGAUCUUCCAUGGAGAACUGCCUUUGUUUCCUACUGCCUACAUGUGUUUAUUACAUAGUCCUGGGAACUGGUCUUUUAUGAUUUCCCAAAAUUAUGUGACUUUAAAGUCUUACAUUCUCAGGCUUUUUACCCCUGGUUAGUAUAUUUGGGGAAGAGUUUUGAACUUCUUUGAGACUGAAAUAAAAGUUUAGGAAUUCUUUCCCAGAAACAAAAUGCUUUUAUGCACAGACACACACACACUCUCUCUCACAUGCACACACACUGACCUCUCAUUUUCAUACUUAACAGAAGCCUGUAAAACUACCCAGAGCCUCUUCUUCUUGAUUAUAAACACAAGAUGAAUAGCCCUAGCCUCAAUUCUAACAUUUCCUAUCCAAACAACUCUAAAACCCAUGAUAAUUUUUUUCCACAACUUAAAUUUGGUCUUCCAGUCUGGUUUCUGCAUUUUCCACGUCUCCUCCAUUGAAAUUUCUUUCCAUUCUCUCUACCACAUAAAACUGCAGUCGCAGCUCAGAUCUGAAUCGAAUCACUGCCUCCUGACGUUCUUUGUGAAUUCCCCUACAGUGUACAUUCUCUCUCCUUUUAGGCUGGAAGUACAGGUAGCUCGACACACAACCAUGUCCACUGCUUGUUGAGUGCCCUUCUUGCAGGAGGAAAGCCAUCAGCUCAGUACUUGGCCCCUCAGGGAGCACAGACUGAUUCAAGGCCUUCAGAGCUCAUCAAAGUGUAAAGACGUGUCUGCACAUUGCAAGCACUACCUGGUUAAUGGUAUGAUUUGUUGCACUGCAAUUAACUGCUUAUUCGUUCUCCUUCUUUUUCCAAUGUUUUCUUCCACCAAAUAUAUCAAAACAGAUAAUGCAACAAGAAACACCGUUAGGACAUUUUUCCUUGAUACCUUAUAGUAACAACUUAUAUUUUGCCUCAUUGUAAUUCUAGCAGGACAUAGUAUAUCUUAAAACUGUAACAUACAUUUGAGUGCCUCGGAAGACUUUUAAAAUUCAGGUUGUUCAUUUUAUGUCUCUUAAAACGAAUAAUUAAUUGAUUUAAUAUAUUGUGUACUGGGGUAAAUUUUAAAGGGAUUCAUAACAAAAUUCCACAAAU